AGCGUGAGCUUGCUUACGUUUGUUUUGGUACCCGGUGUCUCGGCUUUCAUGGUCACUGCGGUGCUGGUGGCCGCUGUCGUGGGCGGCGGCGUCCUGCUCCUUCUCCGCCGCUUGUUCCCGGCUCAGAAAGCCGCUAACAUGCUCCAGUUUCCGGCGAGCACGAUGCGAGGAAAGACCGUGAUCGUCACCGGAGCGAACAGCGGGAUCGGCAAGGCUCUGGCCGCCGAGCUGCUGAAGCUCCAGGCCCGCGUCAUCAUGGCCUGUAGGGACCGGGACGGCGCCGCGGAGGCCGCCCGGGACAUCCGGAAAGAGUCCGGGGAAGGACACGGGGAGGUCGUGGUCAAACAUCUGGACCUGGCUUCUUUGAAGUCAGUCCGGAAGUUCUGUGAGGAGAUCCAGGAGGAGGAGCCGAAAAUCGACGUGCUGGUCAACAAUGCCGGGCUCUACCAGUGUCCGUACACAAGGACCGAGGACGGUUUUGAAAUGCAGCUGGGGGUCAACCACUUGGGUCACUUCCUCAUCACUCACCUCCUGCUGGACCUGCUGAAGAAGUCAGCGCCCAGUCGUAUCGUCGUCGUCUCCUCAAAGCUCUAUAAAUAUGGCCACAUGAACUUCGAGGACCUCCACAGUGAGAGAAGCUACGACAAAGCUUUCUGCUACAGCCAGAGCAAGUUAGCCAACCUGCUGUUCACCCUGGAGCUCUCCAAGCAGCUGGAGGGGAGCGGCGUCACGGUCAACGCCCUGACGCCCGGGAUCGUGAGAACCCGGCUGGGCCGACACGUCAACAUCCCCCUCCUGGCAAAGCCGCUCUUCUCCCUCGCCUCGCUGGUCUUCUUCAAGAGUCCACUGGAGGGAGCACAGACUCCGCUUUAUCUCGCCUGCUCUCCAGAGGUGGAGGGCAUUUCGGGGAAGUGCUUCGCGAACUGUGCAGAGGAAGAGCUGAUGGCCAAAGCCACAGAUGAGCAGGCGGCCAAGCGACUGUGGGAUGUCAGUAUGAGGAUGGUGGGACUGACAAAUUGAGAGCAGUGCAGAGACGUGCUUGUCAGGCUGCACAAACACGUGCCAUGAAAAGAAUUUGCCGUGUCAUGUUGCUGAACUAAUAAUGUGUUUGAAUUAAA